AUGAAGGAAAACAAGAGGAGGGGAGUGGCGGAUUCUCGUUUACGUUCGCGAGAACGAGAACCGAGCGCGGGCGCCCGUCUUAUCGUACAAACAAUGCUCUCAUUCUCCUCCUCCUCCGCCUCCUCCGCCCCCUCCCCGCCAUCUUCCCCCCCCCGCCCCCAAACAGGUCCUCUGCGGCCUUCCACCGUGUUCAUCGUCGUCGUGCGAUAG